AUGGUGCCCAUGAAAAACCUUGUGGCAAAGGGAGGCAAAAAAAGAAGCAGAAGGUGCACCCUUGACUGCACCUACCCUCUAGAACUAAUCAUGGAUGCUACCAAUUUUGAGCAGCUUCUCCAAGAGAGAGCCAAAAUGAAUAGAAAAGCUGGGAAUCUCAGUGGAGGAGUUGUAACCUUCAAAAAGAGCAAGAUCACUGUAACUUCUGAGGGAUAUCUUUUUUCAUUUUAUUUUUUAUUUUGGGGGAUAUCUUUUUUCAAAAGGUAUUUGAAAUAUAUCACUAAAAAUUAUUUGAAGAAGAACAAUCAAUAUAUUUGGUUGUACAUAGUUGCUAAAAGUAAAUAG